AUGUCGACUUCCAGACCGAUGGAUUCUUCUCGCCAUUACCCGGAAAAUUCCGGAUCUCUCCCUGGGGCUCGCCUCGUUACAGAUACGUACCUAGGAGUGCCCCGGACCAUGACUGUCUCGUCUUCUCCGAAUUCAACAAUGCGAGACGGCUUUGUUGUUACCAAGCAGCCGACCAAAUCGAAAAACAAAAGUUUCGGACAGACAAACGAAUCGAGGUUUAUGAAAGAGAGCAAUGUAGACAGUGGGUUAACUAUCCUCCCUUGGGAGGAUUUUAUCUACGAUCCCCGGGUCCUCAAUGACUUAUUUCACCUGGAAACAGACGGGGUCAUUACCUAUGACCCCGAGGAGGUCAAUGUCUUUUUUCACGCUACUAGGAUGAUGAAGCCAACGUUUGGUGAUGUGUCGGAAAAUGGAAAGUCAUGGGUAUUAACCGUCGAGAACGUCAUGGAGAUGGAAAGGGUACGGCAAUGGUUAACCGAGAGAGUUUCUGUAUUUGGUGUCACGCUCGUCAAAAAGGAGGGAAAGUUUGGGAGGAGUCAGAGGGCCCCGUGCCUGAUAGUAUUUGACCCAGGGAAGGGAAAUGUACGGGACCAGUUGUACCACGCCUUCGUCAAGUCCGUCAGCGCCAUGGACCAUGGCAGGAAAUGCUGUAUAGAAAUGAAUCUCAAUGGGUGCGUAGAAAACUGGUGUACACGUGUGACAGGUGCUAAAUGUAAGGCUGUCGGCGCCAAACUCAUCAUUACUGACGGAGAGGAGCGGGACAACUUCCUGUCCGCUGAAAACAUUAUCUGUUGUGUCCUCUGUUUACCAGUAUGGGCAAUCCAGACGACAAUUCUACAGGCGCACCGACAUUUCCAGUACCUGGACUACAGCCUAGAUCUGAGUUUGGAGGAACUGAGGCUACAUGGCUCUAUGGGAGGCGCUGCAAGUCAACGCGAGAAAUUAUUCGCAGAAAACAAACGAACCGGAGUGUUCCGAACGAAACCGUCAGAGGCAGGUGUGGCGUCCCUGGACCCUAGACGCAAGGAAGAACUGGACGGCCAUAAGUAUAUCUGUAUUAAAAAAUACGAUAAAAAGGACAAUAAACCGAUGGAGGAAACCAUUGACGAGCAUGAAACGACAACUCUACAAAAUUUACUCGCACAUAUAGCGAAAAGUAAACAGAAAAACGAAGGAGGCGACAACAACGUGUGCGCUGGCUCUGUAGACACGUCUUACGAAGUUGUCGACAAUCUGACGGAUGAUGUGAAGGCGCAGACUGCAACGAGUAAGGCCAAUGACAAGGUUGGUCUGCUUCAAGCCAACGUCCAAGUUCACCGGCAUGGUCCUAGGAAGUCGUCACAGGUAAAGGAACAUGACGACGAAAGUGAUAUAAUGGAUAAUGAUGAGCGAAAAGAAAUAGAUAAACUGAAAAUGAUGAAACCUAAAGGUGUUAAGAAUGCCGAGAAUGAACAGCGAGUGAAUUGGGACCAGGUCAAAGACGUAUUGAAUGAGCGAAUACGUACAGCAACACUGGAUACUUUUACCGAAACACGAAAUAACCACGAGUACGGAAACGGAAUGGAAACAUUACUUCUGAAAGGUUAUUCCAGACACAAAGAGGUAGAGGAAGAGGAUGAAACUUCAAAAACACCCAAGGCAAAGAAUGUUAAAAAGAAGCCGAAAAGACGGUCUUCAAGUGUACAUAAAUGCAGACCUAACAUACAAAAUGGGGAUUAUCAGCCCCGAAACACUCCUAAUUCAGAAAGACCCGUAAGUAGGAAAGGAUAUGUAAACCGAAACCUCGACUCAUCUAAUGAAAGUGUUGAAAGAUACAAGACAGAGGACAUCACAUGUCUGCCAGAAACACAGGAAGUCGAUACAUAUACACAGGAGGUACGUUCAAGACGUCGGAAACAGUCGAAACAAUUGACAAAAUUCUCGGAAUCUUCUGGAGAUGAGAGCGAAGAGGAGUUCACGGAAUACUUACGGGAUGCUACCAUUCUCAGAAACAUUGACCAGGAACGACUGUUCACAGAGCGCCAUUAUCCUAACCAAUUAAAAGGUACGAUGACUGAACAGGUACAGACAACUCCCAAGCCGUACCUGUUACCGGAAGAGGACGAGUUCGACGGUAAAACGAGUAGCAUCAUUCCUGUGGGAAAGACGGAUCGCACAUGUCUUAUAGACAAUACCGAUGAUAAUUUUGACGACAUGCAAACAAAUGGAGCUGAGGGCGACAUUGAACUGACUGAUUGUGAACUGGAUGAUGAUGACGAAGAUGACGAUGAAGAUGGAAAUGCACAAGAGCAAUUGGAUGCCACGCAGAAGAAGAAGGUACCACAAGCAGUACUUGACCGCAGUAAGAGGCCCAGUAGGUACGACUCGACGAGAAAGUAUCUUGGAAUCCGAACCCCGCGACGUAAUCAGCGACCCAUGACGACCGAUACAGUUCAGCACCAGGCUGUUUACGAAAUGGAGCUUAUGUGA